UUCCCCCAGUCCCUCCCAGUAACCCCAGCUCCCCCCAGGUGCACCUGGUGGGCAUCGACAUCUUCACGGGCAAGAAGUACGAGGACAUCUGUCCGUCCACCCACAACAUGGACGUGCCCAACAUCAAACGGAACGACUUCCAGCUGAUCGGGAUCCAGGACGGGUACCUGUCGCUGCUCCAGGACAGCGGGGAGGUGCGGGAGGAUCUGCGGCUGCCGGAGGGGGAACUGGGCCGGGAGAUCGAGCAGAAAUACGACUGCGGAGAGGAGAUACUGGUGCGGACUGGGGGGAACUGG